AUGGCGACGCCUCAUCCUACCCUCAAGAUGACCUACGCCCAGCGGUCAGAGGCCACCACCCACCCUCUCACCGCAUACCUCUUCAAGCUCAUGGACCUCAAGGCCUCUAAUCUGUGUCUGAGUGCUGACGUCCCCACGGCCCGUGAGCUUCUCUACCUCGCUGACAAGAUCGGACCGUCAAUCGUCGUCCUCAAGACGCACCACGACAUGGUGGCGGGCUGGGACUACGACCAGGAGACGGGCACCGGCGCCAAGCUCUCGGCCUUGGCCCGUCGGCACGGCUUCCUCAUCUUCGAGGACCGCAAGUUCGGCGACAUUGGCAACACGGUUGAGCUGCAGUACACAAGUGGAUCCGCCCGCAUCAUCGAUUGGGCUCACAUCACCAACGUCAACAUGGUGCCCGGCAAAGCAUCCGUCACCAGUCUGGCUAACGCUGCCGCCCGCUGGCUCGAGCGCAUCCCCUACCAGGUCAAGACGUCGGUCACGGUCGGCACGCCGCGCAUGGAGGGCGAGGAGUUCGACGACGAGGAGGGCGACAGCAACAACAACAACAACAACAACAACAAUAGCAACAAGGACGAGCGCGACGGCAAGAACGACAAGGAUGACUGCCACCUGCAAUCGCCCGACAAUAACAGCAACAUCCUCCAGUUCAACGGCGACGGCAACGGCAAGCAGCCUCAACCGGGGGAAGGACGCAAGGGCAGCAUCGUAUCCAUCACCACCCUGACGCAGCAGUACGAGCCCGCCCACUCGCCGCGACUCCACCAGGCCAUAUCGGAGGAGGAGGGAGCGCUCCUCCACGGCAUCGAGGAGGCGCCCCUUAACCGUGGUCUCCUCAUCCUGGCCCAGAUGUCGUCCAAGGGCAACUUCAUGAACGCAGAGUACACCCAGGCCUGCGUAGAGGCCGCGCGCGAGCACAAGGACUUCGUCAUGGGUUUUGUGUCACAGGAGGCCCUCAACACACUGCCCGAGGACGACUUCAUCCACAUGACGCCCGGGUGCCAGCUUCCCCCCGAGCACGACGAGGACGGCAACCCCGAUGAAGGACAGCAGCAGCAGCAGGCCAUGGGCGAUGGCAAGGGCCAGCAGUACAACACCCCCGGCAAGCUGAUUGGCAUUUGCGGGGCGGAUAUAGCCAUUGUUGGCAGGGGUAUCAUCAAGGCUGGAGACCCGGAGCACGAGGCUGACAGAUAUAGAUCUGCUGCUUGGAAGGCGUACACUGAGAGGGUGCGUUAG